CGCUGCAUUCUGGGAAGUGUAGUCUUUUUGCGGCGACUUCCUGAACAUGGCGGCGUCCAGUGAGUCUAUAGAAGAGCAGAUGCCGGAGUGUGACACAAGAGCCAGGCUGACCAAAGAGCAGAAGAAGCUGAUGAAGAAAGAAGCGAAGGCAAAGAAUAUUCUGCUGCGGCACGAAGGCAUAGAGACCGUGUCACGACCAUCAAAGAGCUUGGUAGUUGCCAAUGGAGGUCUGGGGAACGGAGUGAGCAGACAACAGCUCAUUGAUGUCCUGAAGCCCCAUGGACUGGUGGAGUCACUGGUGAUGCCCCCGAACAAGCCCUACUCCUUUGUCACCUAUGCGUCCCCUGAGGCAGCCAUCAGUGCUUACUCAGCAAUCAGUGGACAAGACAUCCCGUCUGUGGACGUGGAGCAGAAGAUCACUCUGUACCUGAGUUUUGUGGAUAAAGUUGAAGUAAAAGAGGCGUCCUCUCCGGCGCUGCCCCCCGGCCUACUAAUCGUAGAAAACAUUGUUUCUCCAGAAGAAGAACUUGUACUUUUGGAAAAUAUUAAUUGGGAGACAGAUAAUUCCAACCAGAAGUCACUAAAACAUCGGAGGGUGAAGCAUUAUGGAUAUGAGUUCCGAUAUGAUAAUAACAAUGUAGAUAAGGACAAGCCGUUACCUGGAGGUCUUCCAGAGUUCUGUAACGUGUUGCUGGAAAGAUGUCUGCAUCAGAAGCUGAUAAAGAAUAUGCCAGACCAAUUAACAAUAAACCAGUAUGAGCCCGGGCAAGGUAUCCCACCACAUAUCGAUACCCAUUCUGCGUUUGAAGAUGAAAUUGUCUCUUUGAGCUUGGGAUCAGAGAUAGUCAUGGACUUCAGGCACCCGGAUGGCACUAAUGUCCCCGUUAUGGUGCCCCAGCGCAGUUUGCUGGUGAUGAGUGGAGAAUCUAGAUAUCUGUGGACACAUGGCAUCACUCCAAGAAAGUUUGAUGUUAUUCAAGUAUCAGAAGGACAGAAAGUUGGGACGGUCAGCGGGAACACAGAAGAGCUAACCCUGAGCAAGAGGGGUACGAGGACAUCCUUUACAUUUAGGAAAAUAAGAGCCGGCUCGUGUAAAUGUGCUUUUCCAUUAGUAUGUGAUAGCCAGCAAGUCCUACAGAAGAAAACCCCUCCUCUGGUCAGUGACCUAGAGCCUGAAUCCCUGGAAAAGGAAUACGUUCACAAGGUCUAUGAAGAUAUCGCUAGCCAUUUCAGCAGCACAAGACACAGUCCGUGGCCCAAGGUGGUCGACUUCCUUAUGAGUCUACCAGACGGUUCUCUCGUGGCUGACGUAGGCUGUGGCAACGGCAAAUAUAUUGGCGUCAAUAAGAAUUUGUACAUGGUCGGCUGUGACCGCAGCAAGAACCUUGUGGACAUCUGUGGAGAAAGAAGAUUUGAGGCCUGUGUUUGUGAUGCAUUGUCGGUUCCUUUCAGAAAUGGCUCGUUUGAUGCAUGUAUCUCCAUAGCCGUGAUUCACCACUUUUCCACUGAGGAAAGAAGACUGGCAGCCAUACGAGAAUUAUUCCAUCUAAUUAAGAGAGGAGGGAAAGCUCUUAUUUACGUCUGGGCUAUGGAACAGGAGUACAAGAAGAACAAGUCAAAGUACCUCAAGGAAGGCAAGACUCCUAAUGAGCAGAUCCUCCAGAAUCCCACGUGCGAUCAGCCUCAUCGGGAGCCAGUCGCCAGUCUCCCCGUACACACGAACAGGACGGCAUUUGAUUCUCAGGACCUUCUAGUUCCUUGGCAUCUGAAAUCAAGCAAUCAAGUUAGAAAUAAUGAAUUCACUAGUGCCAAGGAAGAAAACCAGCUGCUGUCAGGCCCAGUGUAUCACCGGUAUUAUCAUGUGUUCCGCGAAGGGGAGCUGGAAAAGUUGUGUAGAAAAGUCACCGGUGUCGCCGUCCGGCACAGUUACCACGAUCAGGGAAACUGGUGCGUCAUUAUAGAGAAGUUAUGACCCGAGUGGAAGGAGAAAAUCGCCUUCAGGCUUCACAGGGGUUCUGGACUGUUGUCAGCAUUUUAUUUUUGUACAUAUUUUAUCAUGUUUGCAAUUUAAUAAAGAGAUGUGAUCAUGA